AUGGCUGUGUGGACAUCAGCAGUAUUCUUCUACCUGACCUUCCUCCUGGGUGAAGACUGCUGGCAUGACUUGGACAACACGGAGUACGACUGCUGGCCAAGCCACAACCCCAACGACUACAACAUGAUCAGCUGUGGCGGUCUGGAGAUGGCUUGGGUGCAGCGUCCUCCAGAGAAAGUCAGCAACGGAGAAGAGUUCAACGUGUCCUACACCGUCACAGCUUCUGACGCCUUCUACGACUACGCCGUCGCCAACAACAUCUUCCAGUUCAGGUCAGACGCUCUUGUUGACGCCAUGGAGGCCAAGCGGUUCUGUGAGGAACAUCAGUGUCCAUCCAACUGGAAGAACGCCAAUGAGAUCAACUGUUGUGUUUAUCACGCCAACAUCCACUCAUGUCCUCUGGGCCUCAUGAAACAAGGCGGCAUCUGUGGCCCGUGGAUUCCUGACGACGGCAAGAUCGUGACUCACACGGUGUCCAAAGCAGGCACCAUGAGUCAGAAGUAUUGGACGUCAAAGGUGGUGCUGAUCCACGUGGGAGUCACUUCGGUCAUAGCUCACAUCAAAAUAGGAAAAAUGCACGCAGCGUUGGAAUCCAAAGUACUGGUGGUCAGCGCUCAGGUGUGCGGGGACCACGUCUGCGAGGUGGAGGAGAACUGUCUCAACUGUCCUGCAGACUGUGGCAUCUGUCCCAUGUCCAUCGCCAUCAAGGUGUCCAUCGGGCUUCCCGUCGCUCUUUUCAGCGCCGGCUUCAUCCUGACCAUGGUGUGGCUCCAGUACCAGAAACAGAAGAUGUUUUGGGAUGAAAGCUGGAUCAUUAACUACAAGAAUAUAUUGUUUGGCCGAGUGUGUGGGACGGACUUUGGCAGCACCAACAGCCCCCAGCGAGUGAAGAGUACCUCCAAUGUCAGCCAGCUGACGGACGUCACCAUGUGCACAGGAGUCAACACCUUCUUCAAGCAGGGCUUCAUCCAGUCUGCCAGCUACGAUGGAAGAAGUGUUGCCGUCAAGCACAUCCAGAAGAAACACUUCACUCUCUCCAAAAGCAUCAGGAAGGAAGUGAAAGAGGUCAGGCAACUGGACCACCCGAACCUCUGCAAGUUCAUGGGAGGCUGCAUCGAGGUGCCGUACAUCAGCAUCAUCACGGAGCACUGCCCCAAAGGAAGCCUGGCCGAUGUCCUCCUCAACGAGGACAUUCCCAUCAACUGGGGGUUCAGACUGUCCUUCGCCACCGAUGUUGCCCGCGGGAUGUCCUACCUGCAUCAGCACAAGGUGUUCCAUGGAAGACUCCACUCCAGGAACUGUGUCAUUGACGAUCGUUGGGUGUGCAAGAUCUCAGAUUACGGCCUCACGCUCUACCGAAAAGAGGACUUUGACGGCAUCAGCAACGGGUUCACCUGCGGUGACGUCAACCGCCUCUACUGCGCUCCAGAGGUCCUGCUGGGGAGUAGCUCCACCAUGACGGCAGCAGCAGACGUCUACAGCUACGCCAUGAUCCUGGUGGAGAUUGCCACUCGCUCAGACCUCAUCUCCGACCAGGGAGAGGGCGGGAGGAUGGACAUCACCUGGCGCCCGCCUCUGCCUCAACUCAAAGCGGGAAAAAACGACUUGGACUGUCCCAGUCAGGAAGACUACUGUGAGCUUAUCAAGAAGUGUUGGUCUCACAGCGUGACCACCAGGCCCACCUUUGAGCAAGUGAAGAAGAUGCUGGACAAGAUGAACCCUCACAAAGUCAGCCCUGUGGACAUGAUGAUGAACCUGAUGGAGAAGUACAGCAAACAUCUGGAGGCCAUUGUUGCUGAGAGAACGCAAGACCUUCUCCAAGAGAAACAGAAGACCGACCUCUUGUUGUACAGCAUGCUACCAAAGCCGGUGGCAGAUGACCUCCGCCAAGGCCGAACCACAGAAGCUCAGAGCUUCGCCAACGCCACUGUCUACUUCAGCGACAUUGUGGGCUUCACCCAGCUGUCGGGUUCCAGCACUCCCUACCAGGUGGUGGACUUCCUCAACCAGCUCUACACCACCUUUGACGACAUCAUCGACAACUACGACGUCUACAAAGUGGAAACCAUUGGCGAUGCUUACAUGGUGGUGUCAGGGGUGCCCAAUGAAAAUGGCAUCAACCACGCGGGGGAGAUAGCCAGCAUGGCCUUGGACCUGGUUAACGUUUGCCACUCCUUCAAGAUCCCACACAAGCCCCACACGCAGCUGAAGAUACGUGCAGGCAUCCACUCGGGACCGGUUGUGGCCGGUGUGGUUGGCACCAAGAUGCCGCGUUACUGCCUGUUUGGGGACACCGUCAACACGGCGUCACGGAUGGAAUCCACCAGUGAAGCUUUAAAGAUCCAGGUGAGCGGCGCCACGGCUGAGCUGCUUCACACGUUGAGAGGAUACCUUCUGACCUGCAGAGGAUCACUCAACGUCAAGGGCAAAGGUGAGAUGACAACAUGGUGGCUGGAAGCCAAGAGAGACGAUCACACAGAUCCACUGCUCAGCACAUCUGUGCAGUCCAGAGGCGGUCCUGUGCCGGUUGGCGACUGAAACGGAUGUGUGACACCAUACCAACAUAACAUAACCAAGUGCAAUAACUGAUCUCUUGUCAACUGUGUUUUAGUGAUUGUAGUUACUGUGUCCAUAUUCUGUUGACUGAUGAGACUCUGCUUCUUAUAAGUGUAUUCCUCUGUGUAUGUAUACUUAUGACAAUACUGGGCACAUCUGCACUGAGAUUUCCACUCCAAAUGUCUCAAGUGGUGCCUUCAAAUACCACUCAUUUGAGAGGGCUCGAUCAGAGUUGGGUGGAGAAGCCAAAAAUUGUACUCAAAAGACCUCAAGGAAGUUGUUAAUUUAGAGUAAUAUGACUCAAGUCAAGGUCCAAACUGGUCAGCCAAAGUUACUUGAGUAAGUAUUCAGUGAGUAACUGGUGAUUAACUUCUGAUUUAUAUCCUAACUCAGUUAAUGGUACUUGCACACUUCAAUCAAUCAAUCAAUCAAAGUGUAUUUAAAUCAUGAGUGUCUCAAAGGGCUGCACAAGCCACAACGACAUCCUCGGCUCAAGUCCCACAUCAGGGCAAGAAAAAACUCAACUCAAUGGGAUACAAUGAGAAACCUUGGAGGGGACCGCAGAUGUGGGGACCCCCCCCGUGGGCGACCAGUGCAAUGGACGUGGAGUGUAUCUAGUUAAUAGUGUGAGAGUCCAGUCCAUAGUGGGGCCAGCAGGGGAUCAUCUUGAGUGGAGACAAGUCAGCAGCGCAGAGACGUCAUCAACUGAUGCACAGAUGAGUGGUCCACCCUAGGUCCCGACUUUGAACAGCUAGCGCUUCAUCAGUGGUUGCCUAAUAACCAGAGCCGAAAAGAGACGGCAGAUCAACUGGUCUAAAAGGGGGGUCUAUUUAAAGGCUAGAGUAUACAAAUGAGUUUUAAGAUGGGACUUCAACUGUAGUAAGUGUGGAUGUGUGUGUGUGUGAGAGGCACUACUAUAUAUAGUAUGCUCUACAAAACACUGAGGAUGUUAUAACAGGCUAAUGUUAGCAUAUGCUAGCUAAAACAUGUAAACAUCGACAACUUAGCAAUUUGUCUCUCGUUGGAAGUGUAAUUCUUGGAGGCUGAAAUGUGUACAUUUCUCACAUAGAUGAUGGUAUAAAUGUUCUUCUUCACACUCUGUAGGUGUUGAAGAGUUAUGUCACUUUUUACAGUGUGCAGUUUCAGUGCUGUCAUGUGACUGCCAGGCUUCAUUUGAUUGGUCAAAGGUCGCCAGCGCUUAGGUUGCAUUAGUAAAACACGUCCCUCUAAGAAACCAUAGGACUUUGCAAGCUGUUACUAAGAUAUUAUUAAUAUAAUAAUUAGAGAUGUCCGGUAAUAUCGGACUGCCGAUAUUAUCGGCCGAUAAAUGCUUUAAAAUGUAAUAUCGGAAAUUAUCGGUAUCAGUUUCAAAAAGUAAAAUGUAUGACUUUUUAAAACGCCGCUGUACGGAGUGGUACACUGUCUUAGGGAGAAGUACAGAGCGCCAAUAAACCUUAAAGGCACUGCCUUUCCGUGCCGGCCCAAUCACAUAAUACCUACAACUUUUCACACAUAAGUGAAUGCACGCAUACUUGGUCAACAGCCAUACGGGUCACACUGAGGGUGGCCGUAUAAACAACUUUAACACUGUUACAAAUAUGCGCCACACUGUGAACCCACACCAAACAAGAAUGACAAACACAUUUCGGGAGAACAUCCGCACCGUAACACAACAUAAACACAACAGAACAAAUACCCAGAACCCCUUGCAGCACUAACUCUUCCGGGACACUACAAUAUACACCCCCCUCCCUCACCUUUUUCCAUAACUUGAGUUGAUUUAUUUUGGAAAACCUUGUUACAUUGUUUAAUGCAUCCAGCGGGGCAUCACAACAAAAUUAGGCAUAAUAAUGUGUAAAAUCCACGACUGUAUAUAUCGGUAUCAGUUGAUAUCGGAAUCGGUAAUUAAGAGUUGGACAAUAUCGGAAUAUCGGCAAACAAGCCAUUAUCGGACAUCUCUAAUAAUAAUAUGGAAUGUCGGAAUGAAACUCAGUCUAAAGUAAAAGUAGCCUUUCUUCUUCACAAAAAUACUCAAUUGAAAGUAAAAAGUAUUAAAACUACGCUGGCAAGUACAAUUUACAUAAGUAAAUGUAGCGCGUUACUAUGACUAUUAUCAGACUAUACGGCAGAACAUUUACAGAUUUACACCAAUGCAAGCUACAACCCCAGUAAUAAAGACUCUCUCCCUUUUAUGUUUGGUGAAAGCAAUGUUUCUAAAUUGUAUCAUAACUGUGUUGUAUUU